ACUCGGCAGAUGAAUGGCUCUGACGAAAAGUCAAGCCUAGAGCAUUGAGCCUACAGUUUCGAUGUUUCGCAACACCGCAUAACGCGUCAACGUUUGCCCGCAAAGCGCGCGCGUUUUGACGGUUCGAAAUUCGAAUUGAUUUUUUUUUAAUCGAUACGAUUUUACGUCGAACAAUUUUAGCGGAUAUUUAAAAAAAUUAUGAUGUGUAAAGUUUAAUAAAUAACGGUAUAUUUUUAGUGAGUGUCCUUUCCUUGGAUAUUAUUUUCUUUGUGGCACCAAUAUGUCGAACACGCCAACGAUGACAUUACACAGUGACACUGACUCCACAAGCUGCAGCACCAGUGAGUCAGUCGAGAGGAACUCACUAAACAGCCUCUUAGAAGGCAAGGAGACGAGCUUCGUCGGCGACUGCGCGAACGACUGCGCUGGCAAUCAGUGCUCCAUGACCUGCUCCGACGACCCGAGCCAGUUGAAGAGACGCAAGUGCAUAUGCUUUAAUUCGAUUGGGCAGUCGGUUUGGGGAGUGAUACUGAUCAUAGCCUCAAUAAGUGGCUUCAUAUUUCCACCGCUGGACGUGAUGCUGUGGGAGAAACUUAAUAUGAGACCAGGUUUCCCGCCCUAUGACUGGUGGGCAGAUCCCCCAGACGAGGUGAAGAUGCGAGCGUACGUUUUCAACGUGACCAACCACGAGCGGUUCCUACAGGGUCUGGACUCUAAGAUGCAUGUUGAAGAAAUCGGGCCGAUUGUUUAUUUGGAAAAGCUCAAGCACUACAACAUGAAAUUCAACGAGAACAGUACACUCACGUACACGGCAGAGCGGUUCCUCAUCUACUUGCCGGACGACAACACCAUCGACCUGAACCAGACUCUCAUCGUACCUAACUUGGCCCUAUUGGGCAUGUCCUCAUAUCUCCACAAAGCGAACUACUUCGUCCGGUCCGGCCUCAAGUUCCUAGUAAAGACGCAUGGGAGCGAGUUCUUCGUGAAGAAGACCAUACACGAAUACCUCUGGCACAAUACAGAGACGCUCUUGGAGACCUCGCAACACCUGGCGCCUGGUCUCGUGCCAAGUACUAAUAUGGGCAUGCUUAGUCGAGUCUAUGCUGAUUUUAUUGAUGAGAUAACUGUCAAAAUUGGUCCACAAUGGGGCCACCACAAUUUUUUCAAAAUCGAUAAAGUACGGGGAUUGUCACAAAUCGCUGGAUAUGACCCAGAAAUAUGUCCAGACCGCCUCACGGGAUCUACGGAGGGUGUGAUGUACCACCAACAUCUGUCGAAAGACGAUAUUUUGUAUUGCUUGAGAAAAACCGUUUGCAAGCCUAUGCCUUUAUACUUCGACAAGGAGGUGACAUUGGAGGGUGUACCGCUGUACAGAUACAAUUUAUCGGAGAACGUCUUCGACAGAGUCAAGAAUGGCACAGACUGCUAUGCCAUGGACGACCCGUUGCCUGACGGAAUCAGUGACGCUUCUAAAUGCUUCUACGAUUUCCCCAUGGUAGCGUCCUACCCUCACUUUUACACUGGUUCGCCACCUAAGGACACAUUCGUAACUGGACUAAAGCCGGACAAGAACAAACACAACUCUUACGUUGUGGUUGAACCGAUGACCGGCAUACCUUUCAGAGCUGUGGCGAGGAUGCAGUGCAACCUGCGCGUCAACAAUCUAACUGCAUUCUUCUCGCCAGAAUAUCUCAAAUUUUCCAACAUAGUCGUGCCCAUCGGGUGGAUAGAAUACAAUCAAGAAGGUCUCCCAACGCACGUCCGCUACACCAUAUACUUCAUGGUGAACGUGCUGCCACCGCUAUCAAUCAUAUUCUUCGUCGCCACCACGAUAUUAGGGUUCUAUCUCAUUAUGAAACAGCUAUUCUCGCACGAAAUGAAAAGGUACAUUCUGCCCUCCAUAUUGAAUUUCAAAAAACAAAAAACUUCCAAUUUAAUUAAUAAUGGCGUAUUAGCGUACGAAAAAGAAAACUUUUUGAAAAACGACUGUAAAAGUUAGUGAUUGUACCUAUACCUAUUUUAAAUAGGUAUUUAAAAAAUCAAGACAAGAGCUGUUUAGGUAGAGAGACAUAUUUUGGUUAAAAAAAAAACAGUUAAAAUAACUGCAAGUAAAAAGCGUUACUGGAUUUUAUCAAGUACUUGAUAAGGACUGGGACAUUUGCUUUAUUAUUAGCAAUAGAUGCACCCCUUGAUUGAGAUGGCUCGUGAGAUAGGGUGCGGGUUGCGGGAAGGUGAAGUGACGUUGAAUUCCUUGAUUUUUAACCGACUUCGAAAAAAGGAGUUGGAAUAUUUCCUUUUUUUAUGUAUGUUACCCGAUUACUCUAAGACGCCUGAACCGAUUUGGAAUUUUUUUUGUUUGUCCUUUCAAAAAAAAUCUUGGAUGUAUAAAAUCGAAGAAAAAUCUUGGUUGUAUGAAGUCGGGUGAGUUUCACACUUGGAUUUCUAGUUUCUUUUAUUAUACUCGCUCGACUCGACAUUACACGUGUAGAAAAAAAAAUAUUUUUCACUCUUAGUGUUUGUGGUUUUUGAAGUCGGUUUUAAUUUUCUUUUGAAAUUUUUUUUACGCCAUCAGUCACCUCCAUCCACGCGUUCUAUACAUUCCUAUCUCACGAGCUCAGUAUAGUGGUAAGGUAGCGUAUGAAGGCUAACUAACUUUCAAAUUCCAAGGCAAACUUGGACGUCCAACGAAGCGUGUGUAUAGGCACCAUUACAAUUACCAAAAAGUUUGCCUACUGCAAUUUUCAUUUGUUUUUCUAUUGAUUUCUAUUACCUUUUUAUUUUAUUUUUAUGUAUACGAGUAAUUUGUAAUGUUCAGUGUAAGUACCUAUAUUUACUACGUGGUGGACAUGACAAUAAUUUAAAUUGUAAUAAUAACAUUAAGUAGGAUAAAUAAAAAUAGAUAAUGUAAAAAAUAAAAUGUUGCGAAGACUGAAACUAAUCGAAUCACAUCAAAGAAAUUUUUAUAAGUACAUAAUAGGUAUUAAUAUAUAGGGUAAAUGUACCAAAUCCCGGUAGGAACAAAUAUUUACGGUGUAAUAGUAAGGCUAAGAAUCUAAAAAUGUUACCUAACCAACAAUCUAGAGUCUAGAGCAAGCUAAAAGAUUUUUCUUACUUCACUGCUGGAAUCCUCUGUAUGUUUUCACGACGUCCCACAGCGGUAAUAGUAGUUUAACGCUGUGGUUUUCUAAGCGGGAGGUCCCGGGUUCGAUUCCUGGCUAGGGAAAUUUCUAAAUUGUCUCUGGUCCGGACUGGUGGGAGGCUUCUGUCGUGGCAAGAGCCUUGCCGUCAAGCGAUUUAGCGUUCCAGUACGACAAUGCCAUGAAGAAACCGAUAAGAAGUAUGGAUUUAAUAUUUCUGCCAUAACAUACCUACUCGUACUUUAGCCCGCUUCCAUGCAUCGUCAUUCAUCACUUACCACCAGAUGCGACUGCAGUCAAGGGCUAACUUGUAAGGAAAUUAAAAAAAUCAGCAGUGUAUGUUUGUUGGUUAAUCGAUUCCCACACUUGCCAAACCGCAUUCUGGAUUUUGAUGAAGUCUCGUCGUCUUCGUCUCAGCGUUCCGCAUGCAGGUAGGUAUGGCAAACAAAAAAAUU